AUGGCAAUGUCUCCGCAAGACGUAGGUCCACGUGAUAUUGGAGCUAUUGAUGAUUCAGGAAGAAUGGACACUCCCAUAAAUCCCGUAAAUAUGAAUGAAGAAGCACCAUCUCUUGGAGAUGAAGAAUUUGGGAGCGAUGAAGAGGAGGUAGAAGUUGACACUAAUGAAGUGGCUUCCCCAGAUGAUCGUAUAGAGUCUUUAAACUCAUUUCGACAAAAAACGAGAGUUAGAAAGUCUAUAGCAUGGAAGGAUUUUCAAGAUGUGGUUGUCGGAUCGGAAAAAACUCUCAUGUCAGAAUGUAUUCAUUGCCAGAAAAAAUUCAUGAAAACCAAAACUAGUACAACUACUAGUUUGUUGAGGCAUAUGAAUGUAUGUCAGAAGAGAUUGGCAAAGCUGAAGAAACCAAAGCAACAAAAGAUAAAUUUUCCAGUAGGUGACUCUAGCACACAUUCAUAUCUUCAUACUGGGCAGUUUGACAUGGCUGGUAUGAGAGAAGCAGCGGCUGAAUGGAAAGUGAAAUCGGCUCAGGAGAUCUUGUUACCUAUAAUGUCGGUCUUGGAUAAUAUUUGCUUCGUAAUAAUUGCCGCCAAACUCAGCAACUUAAAGAAUGAUCUAACUAAUAUCACGUCCCGUGAACAAAUCCCCUUUCCUACAGUUGCUCCAAUUUCGUCACACUCCACAUUCAGUUUGCUGUCGGUUUCUGUAUCAGCCCUCAUACGAGGUCUCUAUUCUUCGUAG